ACAAUUGUGGUGUACAUCAUUAAACCAAAAUCAUCCUCACUAAUACCGUUUUGAACAAACUACACAAGAAAUUAUUUCACAACUCAGAAAAUAUGAACAAUCCUCGCGUAACUAUUGCAGUAUUCUUGGCAGCAAUUGUUUUUACUGCAUCUUUUUCACAUUUUGUGGUGGAGGGUAAGAAAGAAAUCAUAAUCUCAUUCAAAUGCAAACAGAAAUCAGAAUGCUUAACAAACAUUGCUUGCCAGGCUUGUGUUGAUUGCCGAUGCGAUAAUGGAAAAUGUAGAUGUCAUGGUUUCAAAGAAGAAAUCGCGAAUCCAACAGUUUCUUCAUUAGGAUCUUGAUUAACUAAUUAAUUUCCUAUGUAAACUAUCAUUUUAUUCGUAAUGCAAAAUAGUAGUUUAAAAUAAAAGAAUAAUUUUGGUCUAAA